AAUAACAAUUUUACUCCGUUAGUGCUAACAGAAUAUUUAAAGUUUUAAUAAUAAUAUUUUUUAGACUUUUAUAUAAUAUAUCAAUAUUCUCUACAGAGUACAGAAGUAUCUAAACAAUUUCUACACAAUCAACUUUCAUUAACAUAUUAUUAUACUUAGGUUCAAUUUGUUCAUAAUCGAAAAAUAUUUCCUCAUCAGGGUAAAAUGUCUGGAAAUAAUGAAGAUGUUUUUCAUCGUACUGGUUCAUUUCGUCGUGUUAUGCCUCCCGGAAAUGAUACUACAGGUGUUAGUGGUAUUGCAGUCAAAUCAGCCAAUCGAAAUAACUCUUAUAUAAAUGCAAGUUAUAUUCCUUUCUUUCUAGAAUAUACCCUCAUGUCUGAAUUCAAUAUUUUGAGCAAAAAGUUAUUGCCUGGAGUUUAUGUUAUACCAGCUGCAAAAACUCCAUUUAUUUGGUAUGGAGUAAUUUUUCCAAGGUAUGGACCUUAUAAAAAUGGAGUUUUCCGUUUUCGUAUACAUAUAGAUAGCAAUUGGCCUGAUUGCAAUUGUCCUAAAGUGAUAAUUGAAACACCUAUUUUUCAUCCUCUUGUAAACCCUGUUACUGGGGAAAUGAGUAUUCAAAAUCAUUUUCCUGAAUGGAAGAAAGGAGUUAGCCGUAUUUGGCAUGUAAUUGAUCAUGUUUUAAAGUGUUUUUAUGAUAUACCUAGAACUAAGACUCCUGAAAACCCAGAAGCCGCUGAAUUAUUGAAAAUAGAUAAUGAAAAAUAUAUGAAAAAAUGUGUAGACUGUGUUGAACAAAGUCAAGUUGAUAUUUAUAAGCAACCAAAUCAUUCUGAGAAUAAUGAUCCAAAUUACUUACAUUUUGAUCAUUUUAAUGAAGAAAUUCAUGGAACAAUUAGGCGUUCAUGGUUACAACAAAAAGAAAAUGAUAGUAGAAAUCAACCUUUAUCUUGGGUACAACCUGGAUCCUUAGAACCAUUUUCUCGACCAAAUACAUGAAUCUGAUGAUAAUAACUUACCUAAAGUAUUAAUAUUUAUUUAUAAUUGUAAAAUAUAUUUGUUGUAAAUAAAGUAUUAUGAAUAUUUAAAAUUAA